UGCCGGGUUCCCGCCCUGCCAGGUCUGACGCGGCCGCGGCGCUUUGUGCUCCGCCCGCCGCUGAUGCUGCGCGCCCCGGACAACGGGCUCCGCUACUGCACCGUGUGAGGUGGGGGAGUAGCGACCGCGAGGCGCCAGCGCCGGCAUGUCGCUGCCUCCGGAGAAAGCCUCGGAGCUGAAGCAGCUCAUCCACCAGCAGCUGAGCAAGAUGGAUGUCCAUGGCAGAAUAAGAGAAAUUCUUGCAGAGACAAUACGAGAAGAAUUAGCACCGGAUCAACAACAUUUAUCAACAGAAGAUCUGAUCAAAGCUCUAAGACGUCGAGGAAUCAUUGAUGAUGUAAUGAAAGAACUUAAUUUUGUGACUGAUAGUGUUGAUCAAGAGCUCCCUUCUCCAAAGCAAACUGUUGGUUUUGAUAAGCAGUCGACAUUAAAAAAAACUAAUGUUGAUCCAACACGGAGGUAUCUUUACCUUCAGGUUCUGGGUGGAAAAGCUUUCUUGGAACAUCUGCAAGAACCUGAGCCUUUGCCUGGACAGAUUUGCUCAACUUUCACUUUGUGUUUACACUAUCGGAACCAACGUUUUCGCUCCAAACCUGUACCCUGCGCUUGUGAGCCAGAUUUCCAUGACGGCUUUUUGCUUGAAGUUCACAGAGAAAGUUUAGGCACAGAAUCAAAAGUUUCCGUGGGAAUUUUAAAUAUAAAACUUGAAAUGUACCCACCACUCAGCCAAACGCUAUCUCAGGAAGUAGUGAACACACAGCUUGCCUUGGAACGUCAGAAAACUGCAGAGAAAGAGCGAUUAUUUCUAGUUUAUGCUAAGCAGUGGUGGAGAGAGUAUUUGCAAAUUCGACCCUCUCACAACUCAAGGCUGGUCAAGAUUUUUGCCCAGGAUGAGAAUGGGAUAAAUAGACCAGUCUGUUCCUAUGUUAAGCCACUUCGAGCUGGACGACUUCUGGAUACUCCGAGGCAAGCGGCUCGAUUUGUUAAUGUCCUUGGUUAUGAACGAGCCCCUGUUAUUGGAGGAGGUGGCAAGCAGGAACAGUGGUGCACCCUGCUGGCCUUUCUCUGUAGAAACAAGGGUGAUUGUGAGGACCACGCUAACCUGCUGUGCAGCCUUCUUCUUGGCUAUGGACUGGAGGCCUUUGUCUGUGUGGGGACUAAGGCCAAGGGGGCGCCGCAUGCCUGGGUGAUGACCUGUGGGACUGAUGGCACCAUCAUGUUUUGGGAGAGUUUAACAGGGCACAGGUACAUCCACAAGCCUACUAAUCCCGAUGGACCUCCACUUGCUGAACAGCCCAAACCACUGUACCCCUAUCGAACAAUCGGUUGUGUUUUCAAUCAUCAGAUGUUCCUGGGAAACUGUCAGCCCUCGGAUGCAGUAGAGACCUGCAUAUUUGAUUUGAAUGAUGAGUCCAAGUGGAAACCUAUGAGCGAAGAAGCGAUUAAGUCUGUGUGUGCUCCAGGUGCCACUACAUCCCUCCCUCCCUUCCCACCUCUGUGUGCAUCCACGAUCGACGCCUCAGUCACAAGCAAUGAGAUCGAGAUGCAGCUGAGGCUUCUGGUGUCUGAACACAGAAAGGACCUUGGCCUCACUACUGUCUGGGAAGACCAGCUCUCCUAUCUUUUGUCACCAGCUCUGGCCUCGUAUGAGUUUGAGCGAACAACAAGCAUAUCUGCAGGCAAUGAAGAGUUUCAGGAUGCCAUAAGGAGGGCUGUGCCUGACGGGCACACAUUUAAAGGCUUCCCCAUACAUUUUGUGUAUAGAAAUGCCAGGCGUGCAUUUGCCACUUGUCUUCGGUCUCCUUUUUGUGAAGAAAUAAUCUGUUGUCGUGGAGACCAGGUGCGACUGGCAGUUCGCGUUCGAGUGUUUACCUACCCUGAGUCUGCAUGUGCUGUUUGGAUCAUGUUUGCUUGUAAAUAUCGCUCAGUAUUAUAGGACUAACAUUUCCUAAGAAUUAUUCCUGUGUUUUAUUAGAAUUGUAUAUGAGCAGCUGUGUGUAGGUUUCUUAAUUUAAAAUCAGCCUUUUGGAUGUCAUUGUUUUAUAUAGAUCUGACUGGUAAUGUUUUAAAAUAUCAUGUAUGUACUUAAAAAUUAAGGAUAAAAAUUUGUAUUGAAUUUAGUAUGAAUUAAGUGUAUAAUAAUAAAUGAUACUUUGUUUUGAGGGACUCGGUAGUUUAAAUGUGAAUUUAAGAUCUGUUACUUUACAUUAGUAAGUAAUUAAAGAAAUUUAUCUACUGGUUUAAGCCAUAGUUAAAUCAAAAUGAUCACUAUUUUUCAUAAAGGAAAGAUUAUUUUACACGAAUUAGGAAAAAUUAACCUCAUAAUAGUUUAUUUAUUACAUAGAUGAAAAUAUAUUUUGCUAAAUUAUCAUUUUUGUGUGAUACUAGGGAUAUACGAGGCUUUCCAGAAGUCUGUGUGAAGACUUUGAUGUAAGAAUAGAAAAAGCUAGGUGUGGUGGCGCACACUUUUAAGUCCACAACAGGCCAGACUAAUCUACAUAGCAAGUUCCAGGCCAGUCAGGGCCAUACAGUGAGACCCUGACUCCAAAACACAAACAACUACAAAAAGGAAUGUAGUAACCAAGAGGCAAAAAUGUUAAUAACGGAUCUCACAUGAAUCUGCAGUAUGGGAAUAAUUUAUGGAUAUUAAGAUUAAUUGAGCACUUUAGAAAAUACUUAUUAUACUUCCUUGUUACAAUGCUGGUUGUUCUUUAUUUUUUGUUGUGAUAAAAACAUUAGCCUAUUAGCAGGCUAUGGUGGUACACACUUUUAAUUCCAACCCUAGGGAGGCAGAAACAAGCGGAUCUCGAGUUCGAGGCCAACCUGGUCUACAGAGUGAGUUCUAGGACAGCCAGGGCUAUACAGAGAAACCCUGUCUCAAAAAACAAACAAACAAAAAACCCAAUAAAAAAACAGAUCAGCCUACAAGUGACUAAUGUCAUUGAAAAAAAUCAUGAGGUCAUUGAGAAAGCAUUUGAGUUUAUAUAUUUAUUUUAAAUUGAGCAAAUUUAAGUGUUUUAAGAGAGCAAAGAUAAGCAUUAAAAAGUAAUUCAACUUACUGUAAGUAACUAAUGAUAAAUAUUUUGAUUGUCCAUUCUGUGUUUCUGUGCAGAGGGUUGUUUUAUUUUAUUUUGGUGGCACUAGGAAUUAGAUCAAGGGCUUCCUACAUGCUACGCAAACACUACCACUGAACUAUACCCACAGUGUCUCAAUUAUGUAGCCCUGGCUGGCCCAGAACUCACAGAAGUUUGCUUGCCUCUGUGUAGUUUCUUAGUUUAGUUGCUUUAUCCACUCGUCUUCUUAAGAAAUAAGUGUAUGCCAGCCCACUAUCCAAAUUAUUUAUUCUUUUCAUCACUUGCUGUUGCAAAUAAAAUGAUUUUAUUUAUUU